AUGUUUUGGUUCCGGGUCCGUCGGUGAUGAAAUAACUAAUGAGAAAUUGGAUUUGCAAAGAUUUGCUUCUUAUUUGUGCAAACAUAGCAACUAAAGUUGAUCAUAUGAGCGUCGCCAUGGUGUCACAGUAAGCUGGAGAGGCUUGCUUGCUAGCUAACUAGUCUCGACAAGUUUGCUACGGAUCAAGUCUUUGUUGGUUUAUACGAAAUGUGUUUGCUGCUCGGUGCAACCGGUGUUGGAAAAACUCUUCUCAUGAAACGUUUACAGAAGCUCAGUGUGAGAGAUGGCACAACUGAUUUAGGGGAACCCCCUGUUACUCUACCUACGGUGGGCACCAACCUGACAGACCUGACUCUGAAGAGGAAGAGGGUGACUGUGAGAGAGCUGGGAGGCUGUAUGAGUCCUAUCUGGCCCAGUUACUAUACGGACUGCUCCUCUGUCAUCUUCAUGGUGGACUCUGCUAACACCACCCAGAUCUCGUCGUCCUGUAUCCAGCUCCUGUCUGUCCUCUCUGCUGAACCUCUCCACACAGCCUCUGUCCUGGUUAUCUUCAACAAGAGGGACCUCCCUUGUACCAUGAGUCUCGUAGAGAUGAUGUCACUGUUCAGGAUGGAUGACAUCAUCGCCUCUGCCACCCAGCCAAUCACGACCGUGGAACUGAGCGCUCGUUCCGGCCAGGGACUCCAGGAGGUGUUGGGCUGGCUGGACUCCACCCUAACUGACUGACAAGAGUGAUGUCAUAGAAGCAUCUUCCUUCCAGGAAACAGUUCCUCAUUACUGGUGCUUUCAAGACAACUGGGAACUCUGGAAAAAUACGAGGUCAAAUCAUGACGUCAGUGAUUUUCAGGUCAGAAAGUCGGUGCUGUAGGAGGCCCGAGUUCCCGAGUUGGAACUUCAAGUUGGAUGACCGUUAAAAAAAUAACAGUUAUCUUGAACGCACUGAAGUCAGAGAUUUCUGAGUUCCCAGUUGCUUUGAACGCAGCACGAGUGACGUCAUUGUCACGGAACUUGGAAUGAUGUCACCGCCAACUGGAAAGUGAGGGUGCUGUAUCUCACGCCGUCACACAUGAAUCCUGUUGGCAAGAAGAUGUCCUCAUCCUCAUGAUCUCAGCACACCAAGAAUGAUGCUGUCAUUCACAUGGCAUCACGUCUUAUCGAGGAGGCCUGAUAUGAAUGGCAUCACGUCUUAUCGAGGAGGCCUGAUAUGAAUGGCAUCACGUCUUAUCGAGGAGGCCUGAUAUGAAUGCUUUUAUGGCUGGAAUAUCAUGCCUGUAUUUAUUGUCAGCAUUCUGUAUAGAGUAUCUGUAUAGAUACUGUAUAGAUAUGGUAUAGAGUAUCUGUAUAGAUAUGGUAUAGAGUAUCUGUAUAGAGUAUCUGUAUAGAUACUGUAUAGAGUAUCUGUAUAGAGUAUCUGUAUAGAGAUUCUCUAUAGAUAGGGUAUAGAGUAUCUGUAUAGAGUAUCUGUAUAGAUACUGUAUAGAGUAUCUGUAUAGAUACUGUAUAGAGUAUCUGUAUAGAUAUGGUAUAGAGUAUCUGUAUAGAUACUGUAUAGAGUAUCUGUACAGAGUAUCUGUAUAGAUACUAUAUAGAGUAUCUGUAUAGAGACUGUAUAGAGUAUCUGUAUAGAGACUGUAUAGAGUAUCUGUAUAGAUACUGUAUAGAGUAUCUGUACAGAGUAUCCGUAUAGAGUAUCUGUAUAGAUACUGUAUAGAGUAUCUGUAUAGAUCUACCAGCAGUUGUUUUUGAAGGCUGAGGGAGAACACUGUUAUACAAUUUGGUUAAAGUAUUUCCAAACAGGGAAAUGCAUAAUCAUGUGUGGAGUAGUGUCUUCGAUGUAGCCUAACUAUACUGGAGUAGUGUCCUCGAUGUAGCCUAACUAUGCUGGAGUAGUGUCUUCGAUGUAGCCUAACUAUACUGGAGUAGUGUCCUCGAUGUAGCCUAACUAUGCUGUAGUAGUGUCCUCGAUGUAGCCUAACUAUACUGGAGUAGUGUCCUCGAUGUAGCCUAACUAUGCUGUAGUAGAAAUACAGUAACUGUCAUACAGGUGUGUGGAAAUACAGUAACUGUCAUACAGGUGUGUGGAAAUACAGUAACUGUCAUAUAGGUGUGUGGAAAUACAGUAACUGUCAUAUAGGUGUGUGGAAA